AGGAGAUGACCAGAGACUGCAGACACAGUACAGGAGAUGACCAGAGACUGCGGACACAGUACAGGGGAUGACCAGAGACUGCAGACAUAGUACAGAAGAUGACCAGAGACUGCGGACACAGUACAGGAGAUGACCAGAGACUGCGGACACAGUACAGGAGAUGACCAGAGACUGCAGACAGUACAGGAGAUGACCAGAGACUGCAGACAGUACAGGAGAAGACCAGAGACUGCAGACACAGUACAGGAGAUGGCCAGAGACUACGGACAUAGUACAGGAGAUGACCAGAGACUGUGGACACAGUACAGGAGAUGACCGGAGACUGCGGACACAGUACAGGGGAUGACCAGAGACUGCAGACACAGUACAGGAGAUGACCAGAGACUGCGGACAUACUACAGGAGAUGACCAGAGACUGCGGACACAGUACAGGAGAUGACCAGAGACUGCGGACACAGUACAGG